UUCAAUAUUUGUUUUACUGAAUAUUAAUGUGCUUGAGUUGAACCCUAUGAGCUGUACUUAGAUCUAAUAACUGCAAACUUUCUGGUGGAUAAAUCUACAUUUUGGGCAAAAUUAUGUAUAUCACCGGAAUUUUAGUAGCUCAGUUGGUUGAUUAUUCAAACUUUUACUUUGUUGGUGGGAUUUCCUAUGUCUUCCUGCAAUUAAGAAAAAAAAAGUGUAGCCAUAUUGAUUUAGGUGCUUUUGGAUAAUUGGUUAAGACUGCAUCAACUAAACAAAAUUUGAUCAUAUUGGGGAAAAUGGGGGCACAUGUAAAAUGGGAUGAGGCAAAUCUGGAAGAAAUUGAGGCAAAUAAGCCAGUGAGGCAGAAAAUAACUGAACCAAAGACACCAUUUCACCGUUCGAUCGACGAUGAUGAGGGAUCUCCAUCUCCGUGGGAUACUAUUGAGGAGGCCAGUGCAUUGGAUGAAGCUUCUUCCAGUGAAAAUAAAUCCCGACAGUCUGGCUGGCCAUCUUCUGACGAUGAGGCUGAUAUCAUGGACCAAGAUGACGAAGAUUCUGGUUCAGAAAGGAGCAGGAGCUUUAGGGAGCACAGACGAGCACACUAUGACGAAUAUAGGAAAAUCAAAGAACUGCGUAGAGAGGGCUCUUCUCUUGAAGGAGCAUCCGACGAUGAGAUUGAGGAUCUUGAGAAAAGGGAUGGUAGGUCUAAUACAUCAUCGUCAUUGACAUCUGCUGUUGAGGGCAUUGACAUUUCGGAAGGAAGCACAGACGAUUCUAAAUAGUCCUCCACGCCAGCCAAUCGAACAAGGAUCGUCCUGAGUAAGUACAUGUUUUUUCUAAGAAGGUUGUUAUAACAACCUAUUGUUCUGUUCUUCAUAUGUUCACUUUUUCUUGUACUUUUAUAAACUAUAGAAUUGUUGUAACACAAUACUUUGGAGCCCACAAGUAGAGUUUCUUGAAUGUAUUCAAGUUUGUGUACUUUUGAAACUAUAGAGUUUCUAAAGUACAAUAGUUUACAGUCA